AUAGAUAUAUAUAAUUCCACCCAGCCAGUCAACUCUCCCACCCGCAUUUAUUUUUUGUAAAGUGCGCAAUUCUUUUGCCAUUUAAAACCAAACCCUAAAUUCCAAAAAAAUCACCAGCACAAAUUAAAGAUGGCUGCCCCAGCACCAGCACUCAAGGACUUGCCAAAGGUGGCCGAGAACCUGAAGAGCCAAUUGGAGGGCUUCAAUACGGAGAAGCUGAAGAAUGCCAGCACCCAGGAGAAAAUCAUUUUGCCAACUGCCGAGGAUGUGGCUGCCGAGAAGACCCAAAAGUCCAUAUUCGAGGGCAUCACGGCAUUCGAUCAAAACAAUUUGAAGCAUACAGAGACCAAUGAGAAGAAUCCAUUGCCCGAUAAGGAAGCAAUUGAACUGGAGAAGGAGAAGAAUCAAUUUAUCGCCGGCAUUGAGAACUUCGAUGCGAAAAAAUUGAAGCACACCGAAACUAACGAGAAGAACGUGCUGCCAACCAAGGAGGUUAUCGAGGCCGAGAAGAAGGCUUAAAUUCAGCAACAGA